AUGUUCGCUGGAGCUGGUUCGAUGGAAAAAAAUUUCGACGAAGAAAUGUUUGUGGAAUCUCAAAAUACUUCUGAGAAUCAUAACAAUGAGACGAAAUCUCAGAAUAUUUCCGAGAAUAAUGAGGUGGAGCAGAGUUUAGAUGCGGCAGAAGGGCAUCGACAGUCACCCGAUACAGAGAAAUUACUUAAUGCAGUUGUCCAGAACGAGAAUGAAGCAUAUGAACAGUAUUGUUUAUAUGCACACCAUAUUGGAUUUACUGUGCGAAAGGAACACAGUGGUUUCUGGCCGAAUUCUAAGAAGUUGAAGACAAAGGACUUUGUUUGUGGUAAGGCUGGUUUCAAGAAAGAGUUGAAGGACACUAUCACAGUGAGGUUCAAAAGAGCGGACACAAGGACUGGUUGUCCAGCAAUGAUCCGAUACUUCGUUGAUUUAGAUGGCAACUGGUCGGUAAAAAAAUUUGUAGAAAGUCACAACCAUCCGUUGGCGGAGGACGGUGACAAGCAUCUACUGCGUUCCAGCAGAAAGAUGUGUGAUAUCAAUGCUGAUAUCCUCAGAACAAUGACAAAAUCAGGGAUUAGAACCAGCGAUGCAUUCAGAUUCCUCGCAAAUGAGGUUGGAGGAGUGGAGAAUCUUGAUUGCACAAAGAGGGAUGCAUAUAAUUUCAUACAAAGAGAGAGAAGAGUUCAGAUUGAAUUAGGGGAUGCUAAUUCUCUCAUACAAUUGUUCACUACCCGACAAGCAGAUGAUCCAAUGUUUGCGUGGGACUUCCAAAUUGAUGAGGCAGGAUGUUUGGUGAAUUUUUUAUGGUGCGACGGGAUGUCCAGGAUUGAUUAUGACUGUUUUGGGGAUAUGAAACAAUUGAAUCAUUCAAGUGGUUAUUCAGAGCUUUUAUCCGUAUAA